UGUCACUUUCACUAACCGCGAAAUUAAAAGUUACAUUUCUCGACGAUAUAAUGGCGAAUUAUUUCCUAAACGAAACUAACCCAGAGAUAUUUGCGGCUAUUCCCAGACCCGGAGGACUGGCAAACAUUAAAAUCCCUGUGAAAUCGAAACCACCUUUAGCAGACUCCAGCAGACGACAUAGUCUUAUCACAGUGCAACUGCAAGAUACGCUAAGGACUGAUAAAGAAAAUUACGCCAGACACCACAAAAUUCAACAGUCUCUGGCUUCGGUUCCUUGGUCGAUAGAACUAGGCGACUUGGCAGAAGACCGGGAGAAAACGAAUUGGUUGGCCGAUACGUUUCAAGAUUCGGUCGACUUGCUGAGCAUUUUAAUGAGCACCGUUAUGCUUCUGUCUAAGCGACACGAAAAAAUACCGGAGAAUUUUUAUCGCUGGUCCUUGGCUUACCUCAAAUGCGUAAAAGACGAUUUCGGCCGCGCUCCCCCAAACGUCCAGGGAAUCAUCAAUCAUAUAAAUUACAUUACCGGAGGGAAAGUUACCAGCAUAUUGGAGGACGAACCUCUUGUUCCCGGGAAAAAAUUUAGAAUUUCGGAAUUACAACCGGAAGUGUUCGGUUAGGAAGAGCAGGCGAGGAAUUUGGGAUUCAUUUUUUGCAAAAAUAUCCAUCAGCACUUCUCGAUAUGAUAUGCUCCAUCAAUGGCUGCCGGAAGGUCGGAGUUAUGCAAUUGCUAAACAUUCUCGUCGUUUAUAAAAAAUAUUCAAGACGUAUUUUUACGUUCUGAUGUUCCUUUUUUAAUAA